AUGGCGCGCGCCAUCGGGCUGCUGCUCCUGCUCGCCCACGUGCUGUCCAUGGCGGCGGCGGCCACCCGGUAUCCGCGCUGCAACGCCGGCGACCGCGCCGCCCUCCUCGCCGUCAGGGCGGCCUUCAACAACGCCUCCUACUUCCAGUCCUGGACGCCCGACAUCGCCUGCUGCCACUGGUACGGCGUCGACUGCGGCGGCGACGACUACGACUACGACCCCUCCGACGACGACCGCGUCCUCAGCCUCGCCAUCAUCCGCGACGACAACGUCACCGGCGCCAUACCCGCCGAAGCCAUCGCCGGCCUCACCAGCCUCCGGGGGCUCAUGUUCUUCAAGGUCCCCGGCGUCACCGGCCCCAUCCCCGAGGCGCUCGCCAACAUCCCCGGCCUCACGGACCUCACCAUCUCCCGCACCGGCGUCUCCGGCCCCGUCCCAUCCUUCAUCGGCGACAAGCUCACCGCCCUCCAGUCUCUGGUCCUCUCCUUCAACUCGCUCACCGGCGCCAUCCCGCCCAACCUCGGCAACCUCCCCAGCCUUACCUACAUCGACAUCAGCCGCAACCAGCUCGCCGGGGCCAUCCCACCGCUGCUGCUCAGCAAGGCCGGCCGGAAGAACCAGACGGCGGUGUCCCUCAAGCUCUCCCACAACAACCUGACGGGGACCAUUCCGGCGGAGUUCGGCGCCGUCAACUUCAUGGAGAUCGACCUGUCGCGCAACCAGCUGACCGGCGACGCGUCGAUGCUGUUCGGGGAGGGGAAGGAGGAGCUCGACGGCGUGUACCUGUCGCGCAACGCCCUGAGCUUCGACAUGUCGCAGCUGCAGCUGCCGCGCCAGCUGGGGUCUCUGGACGUCAGCCACAACUUCGUCUACGGCACCAUUCCGGCGAAGGCGGCGCAGCUGGAGAUGCUCAACGUCAGCUACAACCGGCUCUGCGGCGCGGUGCCCACCGGCGGCAACAUGGCCAGCUUCGACGCCUAUUGCUUCCAGCACAACAAGUGCCUCUGCGGCGCCCCGCUUGCUCCAUGCAACCAUUCACAUUAACACACGCUAUUAUAUUAGUAGUAAUCACUAAGCACUAGCAAUGUAGCAAAUCAUGCUACCAAAAAAUAAGUACUCCAAAUAAGAACCUUCAAAAACACUGCUUAGGGUUCAUGCACGCUGUUUUCUUUGAUGAAUUGAUAUACACUCGACGUCCCACGCCAUAAUAUAUAUCAGAUGAAUAACCUUUUUACACGCUCUCCAAUGUAAUACUUUGAUUAUUAAUUGGAUUGUAUAAU